AUGCAAGGCUGUCGCCAGGUUCGAUUCUCCCAUCGAGCAAUGUCUGAUGGACCCUUUAGGCCUUUGGUCAUUGGUGUAACAGCCUUUGCUGCAAAGAGCCACUCCCCCUCAUGGAACCAAAAUAGCCCUCCACCUCCACCACAGGAAGCACAGCAUUUUGGCCGUGGUGCCCCGUCCAACUACCGAUUCCAAUACUCCACAUGCACAGGUCGUCGGAAAGCUCUUUUGAUCGGGAUCAAUUAUAUCGGCCAGCCGAAUGCUCUUCGCGGAUGUAUCAACGACGUUGCCAACAUGUCCAACUUCCUACACGAGCGAUUUGGAUAUCGGAGAGAGGACAUGGUCAUUCUCACUGACGAUCAGAAAAAUGCUAUGAGCAUUCCCACCAAAGCAAAUAUACUGCGGGCAAUGCAGUGGCUUGUGAAGGGUGCUCAGCCAAACGAUUCGCUAUUUAUCCACUUUUCAGGCCAUGGUGGCCGAACUCCUGACCUGGACGGUGAUGAAGAAGAUGGUGAACUUCCUACUCCAGAUUACCGCACCGCUGGACACAUUGUGGACGACGAUAUGCAUGCUAUCAUGGUCCGCCCACUGCAACCGGGUGUCCGACUGACGGCAAUAUUCGACUCGUGUCACUCGGGCACUGCACUCGAUUUGCCUUAUGUAUACUCAACUCAGGGAGUUUUGAAAGAGCCGAAUUUGGCGAAAGAAGCAGCGCAGGAUCUCUUCAGUGCUUUUCUGUCCUAUGGCAAAGGUGACUUGGGCGGCAUGGCUCAAACUGCCAUCGGAUUCCUCAAAAAGGCAACCAUGGGAGACUCCGCACGACAGAGGACUGUGAGGACUAAAACAUCACCAGCUGAUGUAGUCAUGUUCUCGGGCUCUAAGGACACCCAAACCUCAGCGGACACGUUCCAAGAUGGCGAAGCUCGAGGUGCAUUGAGUUGGGCAUUUAUCAAGUCCCAGAAGCAACAACCCCGCCAGAGUUACCUGCAGCUGCUUAACUCGAUCCGGUCGGAGUUGGAGGGCAAAUAUAGUCAGAAGCCGCAGCUGAGCUGUAGCCAUCCAUUAGAUGUCAAUUUGCUAUUUGUUAUGUGA